AUGGACCUGCGACCCGUCAUCUACACCACGGCCCAGCACCUUCUGGCCAUCCGUGAGACCAUCAACACAAGCUUGGCGAGAAUGGAAGGCGGCGCCCCCGAUAUCUGCUUGAAUGGUAUGCGCAACAUCAAUCAUUUCUGCGUCUUUGGCAUCUCGUCCUGCGAUCGUCUCCUCCGGGCGAUCGCCAGGCGACUAAUGCCGGAUAAGCAUUUGUGGCGGUCGGGAGGGCAGUCGAGAGGGCUGAGGAGGAGCAUGAGCGAGAAGGAAGCAGUUGAAUUCAGCCAGUACUACGCUGGUCUGGACGUUACAAAGCUGGCCCAUUUUCGGACCGAUAUCAGGCUUCUCGAGACCAAGCUUGAUCGUUCAACCAGGUACACGGCUGCUGGGGCAGAGUGGCGAGACGUUGUUGUGUGCAAUGACCAGGUGGGAGAAGACAACUGGGCACGGCCAGCAAGCCUCUGGCUGGCUCUCUUCCAGGAGAACACCUGGGCACGGCAAGCAAGCCCCUGGCUGGCUCUCUCCCAGGAGAGAGAGAAGAAGGCAUGGCGGAGCUUCUACCUGAACUUGGCUGCGACGGUGAAUCUGGGAGAGCUUAGUAGGGCCUUCAGUGCGAUUCCACGGCUGACCAGCUGCCUGGAAGCAUACCGACGUAGUGUCUGA